UUCAAAUUGAAGUAUGCGCUGAAGAUGUCACCCAGUAAGGUGAUGAAAGCUUCGCAAACUAACCAUCCAGCUCAGAGAACAAAACCACAUCAAAAGAUCUUCCACAAACUGGAAGAUGUGCAAGUGAAAAGCAGCAAGUAGACAGGAGAAGUAUCCAGAAAAGAUAGAACUUCCUUCAGGUGGACAUAGAGAAAACAAAGGUGAUGAAGAUUCCUGGGCAACACCAACAGACAACAAUCAGCCGGUAUAAAUGGGAGGAAGCCGAAAGAAACAACCUGGGAAGCAUCGUUUCAACUACAGGUGGACGGAACUGAUAAGGAUAUCAAAGCAGCGAGGAUCGGGGAAGCAAGACAAGCUUUCAUUACUUUCAAGUCUGUGUGGAGUUCAACAGGAGUACUCAGUAUGAAAAUGAAAAUAAGAUCCGGAUUUUCAACUUUAUUGUGAAGUCAGUCAGUGCUACUCAUCAUACGGAUCAGAGACUUGGCCAGCGCGUCAUCAAGAGCACCUCAAACAAACUACAGGCCUUCAUCAACAGCUAACUGUCUUCGCUCAAUAUUCAAAAUCAGACGGCCAAGAAAGAUCAGAAACAUGGACCCCUGGGGGUGAACCAACCAGGAAUCGAUUGUGCAACAAAUAAGCAGGAAGAAAUCAAGGUGAAUUGGAUUGGCCAUACUCUGAAAAAACAAACUAUCAAGUGGGUGACAUCACUAGACAAGCCAUUGCUCGAGUGGAACUCGAAAGGGAGGCGGCAAUUUGGUGGUUCAAAGGUGAGGGUGACACGGAGGAGGUCAUGUGAAGAGGAGAUGAAUGAAUGCAUGUGGGCAGACCUGGAGCCGGGUGAAAAGUCUAGCAGAGGACCGAACACAGUGGAGACGUUUGGCUGUGAAGCCCUAUGUUCCUCUAGGAAUUAAAGGAAAUAAUAGUAACUUUCUUACUAUCAGUGUACCUAUACAAAGAAAGCUCUCUCUCUAAUAAAGAUUUUAUCUAUGACCAAAAGAUUUUUUUACUACAGCAAUGUUUUUUUAAAAUCGUUUUUCUUCUAUCCUUUUUUAACAGAGAGUUGUUUAAAUGACGUGGACUCGUUCUGAGGUGAAUUAUGGCAUUUUCCACAGAAUGUGUAUGCGUGCCAUUAAGCAUGGACCAGUUCCAAAACACAUCGCUUUUAUUAUGGAUGGGAAUAGACGUUUUGCUGACCGAAGAAUGAUGAGAAAGUCUGAGGGUCAUUUACACGGCUUUUCAAAACUUUCUGAGACUUUACAGUGGUGUCAUGAUGUAGGCAUUGAGGAGGUGUCAAUUUUCACUUUUAGCAUAGACAAUUUCAACCGAUCACCGGAAGAAGUUUCCUUCUUAAUGAAUUUAGCUGAAGAGAAACUUAAUGAGUUAUUGGAUAACAAAGAUGAGUUAAAAGCGGAUGAUAUCUGCAUACGUGUGAUUGGCAAUUUGACAUUACUUCCACAGAAGAUUCAGCAUUUAGCAGCACAGCUGAUGCUUGAAACCAGAAACCAUUCCAGGUCAAUUCUUAAUAUUUGCAUGGCGUAUAACAGUCGACAUGAUAUUACAAAUGCACUGGAAACUGUACGAUUAGGUGUCAAAGAAGGAAAAAUUAUUCCCAGUGAUAUUACACGUGAACUGUUAUCAAAAUGUCUUUACACACGUCUGUCGAAACCACUGGAUUUAAUUAUACGUACAUCGGGUGAAAUUCGAUUGAGUGACUUUUUGACAUGGCAAGCAUCCGAGAACGGUGCAGUCUACAAAUUCAUUAAUAGUUAUUGGCCAGAAUUUUCGUUGUGGGAUUUCUUAUUGGCUAUUUUGCAUUACCAGUUCACGUGCUUACAAAUGACGCCAUUAUUGAAAUCGCGAAGAGGACAACUCAUGUUGAAUAACAAGAAUGAAGACUGUAGUUGUCAUAUUGCAAAUAUAAAUGAUGAUAAUAAUAAUCAGAAUAGUUCACAAGAGGAGACUGAAGCCCGUAAACAACGCGUCAAUUCAUUUCUCGAUUUUCUAGAUCAAAAGUUUUGGCAGAAUAUGGCAACACUGGCUGCAUAG